AUGAGCGAUGCUGCCCAUAUACCUUCACACUCCUUCAUUUCCUUAACUUCCGUGACGUCUAUUAAGAUGCGCUCGAAUAACGUCGUUCUCGUGCCGCUCGACGCCACCCUUCGUAAUCGCCGCGAUCCUCCAUGCUACUGUUUUGGAUCAGACUCGCCGUGUGCGCGGUGUCGGGAACACCGCCGCUGGCGUCUGGGAACCUUCGCACUCAUCUUCAUCCUUGACAUCGCCAUGUUCGUCAUCAUCCCGACCAUGAUGAAGUUCCUUCUGAAAGACGCCCACCAAUCGCUCAAACCCGGCAAAACGUACGAUUACAACCGCGGCGCUGUCGAUAUCGUUACGUGCUGCUUUCUGGUCCUGUUGCUCAUGAUCGCGGUGUGGAUGUUCAGCUGGACCUGUGCUAUGACCGCAAAGACCCUUCGUCCGCGAUCAGAGGUUGCGCGUAGGGUCGCGCAGCUUGGCUUGUUCAGUGGGAGAACUGAAGAUGCCCUGAACAAGCGUUGGCCUUUGCCAGGGACUCGACCUGGAGGCUUGCCGAAGUAUACUCCUUGA